AUGUGUCUCCUUAUUGGUUUUAUUAUUAUCCUUUAUAUCUUCUAUCGUUUAUAUCAACAUUUUUUUCCAACACCAAACAUCAAUUCCAAUGGUAAAUAUGUUCUUAUUAGUGGUUGUGAUACUGGAUUCGGUCAUGGAUUAGCGAUUGAACUUGAUAAACAAGGCUUUAAUGUUCUUGCUGGUGUUUUCGUUCCUGACAACGUAACAUCUCUUAAAGAAAAACUUUCAAAAAAAGCUACAGUUUUUCGUCUUGAUAUUACUAAACAAGAAGACAUUGAUGCUGCAUUCGAAUUAGUCAACGAGAAAACAAAAGUUCUUCAUGCACUUGUUAACAAUGCUGGAAUUGCUGUUAUUGGCCAUAUUGAUUGGACAUCGAUGGAAGAUAUGCGUAAAGUGAUGGAUGUGAAUUAUUUUGGACAUGUUGCAAUGACAAAGAAAUUUUUACCCUUACUUAUUGCUAAACGUGAUUCACGUGUUGUUAAUAUUUGUUCUGUAGCUGGUUAUCUCGCGUCAUCAAGUCUAUCUGCUUAUUGUGCAUCAAAAUAUGCUCUUGAAUCAUUUUCGGAUUGUCUUCGACGUGAAAUGGUUUCAUGGGGUUUACGUGUUAGUAUUAUUGAACCAGGAUUUAUGCAAACACCUAUCAUCCAAGGAGGUCCUAGAUCAUUUGCAGACUUUUGGAGUCAACUUUCAACUGAUGUUAUAGAACGAUGGGGAGAAGAUUUUCUUAAAGCACAUUAUGAUAACUCGGCAAACAAUGUGUUCGUCAAGUAUGCCGAAAACCCUAUGAAAGUCGUUCAAGCUCUUCAGCAUGCUGUGAUGAAUACAGUUCCUCAUAUUCGUUAUCGACCUGGUUGGCAAUCAAGUCUUGUUUUCUUUCCAAUAUCUAAUUUGCCAGCUUGGAUGGUUGAUUGGAUUUUGAAUAAAUUAAGUAAAUCAAGUCAUGUUCCUGCAAGCGUUAACAAACAACACAGAGAUUAA